AAACAAAAGAGAAGAGAAAAAAGACAAAAGAGAUCAGGGCGGCAGAGAUGACAAAGAUGAGAACCGGAAAUUAAUCCGAAAAUGCAAAUUCUGUGGACGACAACAUCGGCGAGGAAAUUGCCCAGCAUAUGGUGUAGAAUGUCAAAAGUGCCACAAAUCAAAUCAUUUCGCCUCCGUUUGCAUGUCUAGGAGGCCAAAACCAGUCCACACUGUGGAAAGCGAUGACGACUAUGAUGAAAUCAAAACAGUAGAGUUGAACCCCGUUGACGAGAUUAACGCCGUGGCAACACGUAAAUUUCCGAAGCGCCUUUUCGCAACGAUAAAUGUGGGCAAGACGCCAGUACGCUUUCAGCUCGUUAGUGGAGCCUCAUGCAACGUCAUCUCGGCGAAAACCCUCGAAAAUUGCUUGGGUGAAGUUGAACUAAAGAAGACAACCAGAAGGCUUUCCAUGUACAACCGCACCACGAUGCAACCAUUGGGACUUUGUCAGCUGGAACUCUGCGAGACCAAAAAUGGGAAUGUGUAUCAAGUGGAAUUCACAGUCCUAAGGCAAGAUUGCACUCCCCUUCUUGGGAGCGAAACCACACAAGAAAUGGACCUCAUUCAAGUACGUUUUGAAAACAUUCUGUCCUUAGAUCUUAGCUCAGAGGACAAGCCACUUACCAAAGAAUCGCUUAUUGCAAAGUUUCCGGAUGUCUUCAAUGGUACAGGUAAGCUUCAUGGCUCGUACCACCUGGAAAUUGAAGCAGAUGCUAUCCCUGUUGUUCACCCUCCAAGAAAAGUUCCCAUAGCCAUUAAGCCUCAGCUCAAAGAAGAAUUGGAACGAUUACACAAGCUCGGAAUCCUAGCACCUGUCACAGAACCUACUCCCUGGGUUUCUAGCAUAGUUGUAGUAAAGAAGCCUAAUGGUACCUUGCGUAUUUGCAUAGAUCCGAAGGACCUAAACAAAGUCCUGAAACGCAGUCAUUACCCAUUACCCAUUACCCACCAUUGA